UCGCUACUUUCAGCAAUUUAGACCUGGCAACCGAGGGAGAGGCGCCACAACAACAACACCACCAGACACAGUCUCUCAUUACUGUGUAUCACCGUCGUCCUCUCUUCUAACCUCACCUAUACAGAUUUAACUGUGAAUUCAGAGUAAAGAGACACCGGACCAGUAAUUACAAGCUCAGCAGGGACACUCCGAGUGUGUGUGUACGCCACAAGGAGACCCGGGACACGCCGCAGCAAGGGGAUGGAGAAACUGUGAUUUGAACUACAGACUUGACAGGAACCUUAUGGUGAAAUGGAUCGCAAGGGACCUCGUGGAGCCAAGCCCAAAAAUGUUCCGUUGCCCGGCAAUCUCAUCACUCUUGGGAACAAGUCUGGCCGAGGGGACACUCAGAUUGAUAAGAGUUCCAGUCAUGGGUCAUCGUUUGUUCCCAGUAAGGCAUCUGGGGCUACUGGUGACCGAGUUCGAGAUGGAGGAACUGGAACAUCUGUCAUGCUGGGAAAGAAGCCCAAAACGGCAUUUGUGGUUGGAUCUAGUGUAGUCCGUCCUGGCGUAUCAAAGCAAAGUUCUGUGGAUAUGGUGAAUUUGCUCAGCGAGGAGUGGGAAAAUGUAGCUACUGAGGCAGACCCCAACGACCUGAUACCAUAUAUUGAGUCUGGGGAUGAAUAUGCAGACAAUUCUGAAAUGUACUUAUGUGGUGCUGUGAAGAGUCUUCGGUCUCAGAGAACAAAACCCGACACCCUGCUGUGCUUCUCCCUCAUGUACUUGGUGAAAGUUAAGCCUCAUCUCUUCAGUAGGUCAGAUAUGGUGGUGGAAGCUUUCUGCUCUUUAUUAAAAAGAGAUCAUUCAAUGACCUAUAAAUCUAAAGGCAAUGCAGCUGUAUCUGUUUUAGCUGCAAAUAUUCUUCUUGCUGCUUUCCAAGAAGAAAAAUCAUGGCCAGAUAUAUUUGUACGUGUCUAUAUUGAAGAUUCUCUCGGGGAACGUGUGUGGGUUGACCACGAGGACUGUAAGGGCUUUGUGGAUAACAUUGCCACAGCCUUCAAAACAAAAUUACCUCCAAAAAGUCUCUUGUAUCCUGAUCUUGGCAUGGGAAGUCGCCCGGACUGUCCCUCUCCCCCAGUGUCUGGUGGGUCAGGAGGAGGAGCUGACUCGGGUGAUGGUGACUCAGAGCUAUCUCUUGAGUGCAAGGAGAGUUUAGAUGUCAGUGUUACUAACCGAUAUGCAGGGGUGUUGUCAGAAAUAGAAGAAAUGGUUAUGGAAGCUGUACAACACCAGCUCGGGGUGAGGCACCAGAGCCCCGAUGCUGUAGCUAGAAAUUUCAUCCGCUUUCUAUCUUCUGUUUGUGGUAUUCUGGAAGUGCGACGGCAUGUUGCUUCAAGACUAGAAAUGUGGCUCCAAAGUCCAAAACUUCAGAGACCAGCGACAGAACUUCUCAUGUCCUUAUGUUUAAAUUGUAACACUCAUUCUCAACUGGAUAUUGAAUGCAUCAGUCACAUAAUUCGAAUUCGUUUAAAACACAAACCCCUCAUCAACCAGUACAUGUCAUGCUUGAAAGAACUUCUUGCAGCCCAUCCUGAUAAUAUUCCCUCAGUCAUGAAGCAUACAUUAUAUAAUGAAUUAUCCCAGGCCAGAAAUCCAAGCAAUAUGUCCAUUCUAUCAGUUAUUUUUCAGUUUGCACCAGAGCAUGCUGCUAUCAUACUUGCAGAAGAGUUCCAAGAACUUCUUUGCAACAGAGAGGAUUUUCUUAGAGCACUCAGAGCCCUGUUACGUGAGAUUGUACGGGCAUUACGGCAUGACAUGCAGUUCCAAAAGUUUUGCCAUGGACUCAUGAAAGACCGUAAAGAUCCAGCAUUUCGUGAGAGUUUUGAAUUUAAAGAACGAAUGUUUCACAGUAUUACAGAUCUUAUUGUGCUUACUGUUUUUGUAGCCAUUUCCCCACAAGUUAGAGAAAGUGCUGCACAAAUGUAUCGAGGUGAACACAGGGAUCCUGAAUCGGUACGACGAUACCAGGAUAUGGUGGCUUCUAUACAGCGUGAUGCUAUUCACUGGCUUUACAGAGUAGUUCCCAAGUGUUAUAACCCUAGCAAAGAAGAGUAUAACCGCUGUAUGCAUAAAAUCCUUAUGUUUGAACAAGCAGAAGUAUACUUCAUAAAGGACAAUUGGCCCACAGAAAAUGAUCGGCCGUUGUAUUUUAGAUUAACUUCAGAAAUCCCAGUGAAGCAAGAAACUCUUACAAGGCUGCUCAUGAUUGCUGUGAUGAAGGAUCAAUGGAUGAAAUCUCAGGAUUUGAUAGAAUUAGUUGACAAGCUUAUUAAGAGAGCUACAGCUCUUCACAAUGAUGAUAUGGAAGUCUUACGUCUCGAAGACACAAAAAUUGUUGAGCUGAUAUUUAAUCUAUGUCCUUAUAUUCCUCCUGAGAAUUCUCCUCUACCACAAGGGUAUAGGCCUCCAAAGACAGCCAUUGCUAACUUGUAUUGGAAGUCAUGGAUUAUGCUUUUGCUCAUAACUGCACACAAUCCAACUGUGUUUGGACUAUUGGCAUGGGAGUCAUACCCGACUCUGCGCACUCUUAUGGAAAUGUGCAUCACCAAUUCUUUUGUUUUUCCACCACCUACAUUAGCUUCUGGGGAGAAGGGUGAAGAGAUGACUGCUCAAGAAAUGCACCUUUGUGCUCUUGAACGUCAGCAGAUAUUGGAUUUUGAAUCUCACCUAGCUCAGAAGACAAUCACUGAGCAAAAUAGUCUGCUUCUUAGUCAAUUAAUAACUAUGGAUCCUACUGGACCUGCUCGUAAACCUCCCACUAUUGUUUUAGAACAGUUAAAAGCUCUUAAUACUUCUCACAAAGUUGGACACCUUCUCUGCCGUAGCCGAAAUCCUGACUUUUUGGUAGAUAUAAUACAGCGACAAGGAGCUUCUCAGAGCAUGCCAUGGUUAGCAGAAUUGGUACAGAGCAGUGAAGGUGCUUUUUCUGUUCUACCAGUGCAGUGUUUAUGUGAAUUUCUACUUAGUGAAGCUGGUACAGGAAAUAGCGGAGAAGGUGCAACUAGACAUCAUCAGCUGUUGCAGCACUUGCGUUCUUUGCUGCGUGCACCUCGUCAAGAAGAUGGUGUCAGUGUAGAAAUUUUAGAAUACUUUUUGAGACGCUUGAGCUCCCAGCAGGCUUUGGCUCGCACACAGGCUGUACGAGGACUGCAGCUAGUGGUGGCUCCUCUUAAUGACCCUAUGGAAAUUGACAGUGACACUCAUGCACCACAUGCUUGGCUGCUUCAACAUCUUCCUAAUCUGCCAGGUUUUGAGUUAGUUCAAGGAGUUGCAAGCCAAGCUCUUAGGGCUGCUUGUCAAAUUGAAACUGACCCACAUGCUGUGAGUGCAUACAUUCGAUUUUUGGCAGUACAUACUAGAGAUGAUCCACUUCAAGAUCAGGCAGAAUUAGUUCAAGACAUGGCACAACUGAUUGUAGAAAGAUGCACCAUGAUUUUGGCCAUAUUACCAAUGCCAGACCGUCCAAAUCAACCAUUCCCUCAUGCACAUAGCACACUCAAAGCCUUACUGAUAAUUUUCAUCAACUACAUGCGAGGUGUUAGGUUGCCACCACGAGAAUCUUUUACAUGGUCAGAGAGUCAAGAUCAGGUGCGUGUACAGUGGGCAUCUGGAGAGCAGGCUGUCAUGCACAUACUUGUUGUUCAUGCAAUGGUGAUUCUUCUUACUCAUGGUCCUGACAAUAGUCCAGAUCUCUUUCAUGAACUUUUAACAACAUGGUUUCCAGAACAAGAGGAAAUGCCACAAGCAUUCUUGGUUGAUACAUCAGAAGAAGCUCUUCUCCUACCUGAUUGGCUCAAACUCAAAAUGAUCAGAUCCACAGUGCCCCAGCUUGUUGACGCUGCUCUGAAGGAUUUGGAGCCAUCCCAGUUGGUGUUGUUUAUACAAUCAUUUGGGAUACCUGUGGCAAGCAUGACCAAGCUAUUAAGUGCUUUGGAUGUUGCUGUCAACACAAAUGAUGAGGCUGUUGCAGCAGCAGUCUUGGACAAGAGUCACAAGACUUACAUGGCUCAGCUGGUUGAGGUUCAACACCAGCGAGGAGCAAAAGGUGGCCAUGCUUUUGCAGCAACACUGGGUGAGCGUGAUGACAUGGAUGUAGUAGGAGAACGACCUCCACACAUUACACCACUGGUCACUCCCCUCAAGACGUCACAGCCACUACACACAGAACUGAGUAAAAGUGAAGUGCAAUCUUUUGUGCUGCAGUGCUUCACCAUCGAUGUGCUUCACCGAGAGCACAAGAAACAGGUUCAAGAUACGAUGCGUGUAUUGCAGCGCCACUUCAGCAGGGAAAUUAGUAGACAGGACCCAGAUGGCCCUUAUAUUAAUGAGUUCCUAAGUAGCCUCACCGCUAUAAUGCAAUCUCCGCAACAUGCUCCAAGUUUUGUGGCGGGGCUGCAUGACCACUACAUCCAUUCUGCUUCACUCUUCCGGCUGCUUAAGAACUUGCAUAACAAAAAGGGUUGUGAAAAAUUAUAUGGGCUCACAUGCCAACUGGUUGCCAUUAUCCUGAGAAUGGCACCUGAUAGGAUUUCUCCCUUGACACGUGUUCUUCAGGCCUUUAACAUUGAAGAAAUUCAAUGCAAAGAAGUAAAGAAAGAGGAGCCACAGGCAGAAAUUGAUGUAUCUUCAACUCAAACAGUUCUAGUUCAUUUGGCUGGCAUGCAGCCAAAUCAGUUGGAAAAAGAGAUAUGUCAUGUUGUGGGAUGUGCCAUGAAAGGUGGAAAGAUGGCACCUGUGGUUGGAGCUCUUUCACAACUCUUGUUGUCUGAUGUUUCGAUAAAGCAUGAUCUGGAAGUUCAAGCUGGGACUAGCACACCCACUGCCCUCUUGUUAGAUUGGUUGCAGGUAUUGGACCCAGAGCUGGAAAAAGGGUCUGAUCAACUACAGCAAAUUUUGCUUUUCAAAAAGCGGGGUGGUAUUGAACGUAAGGAGGGAGGCUAUAGUCAGGCAUAUCUUUUGGCUGCCUUCACACAUCAGGCAAGGUGGGAUACACUUGAACGUUGUGUCCGUGCACUUCUGCGUGUUCACAGCCCAACAUUAGAUCCUGCAGCAGUUUUGGGAUUUGUUUGGGCUGUGUUGCAUGUACCCAAAUUAUGGCAGGGUAGGGAACGUCGUACACCUCGGCAUGCGCCACGAGAGACAUUGCUAUCUUUCAGUGCCGCAGAAGUUGUUCACUUAUCUCAGUAUAUGAUAGCAGAGUGCCAAGCAGCUUUAGAAGCUGAACGUGGUACAGCAUCUUUAGAAACUCAUUUGCCUUUGCUACUUCAUUAUUUAGAUGACUCACCAUCUUCAAUUAAAGCUGUUGCAGAACAUCUGGCUGAAGUUUCUCAUGAAACAGGAUCAUGUGGACAGGCAGCUGGUCACUUGCUGUACCAUCUUUACUUGAGAAUGCCACAAAUAAUAUCAUAUCUACCACCAGGUACCAUAAACAGGGUUGUAUUAGCUGGUGCUUCUGGAGGCAGAGCUCAGGAAAGUGGAGCAGAUGUUGCAUUACACACACUACUUACAAUGCUUGCUGCACCUCAGCCAGGUCAAAACUUUCGUCGACGCAUGUUAGAUUUGGAGUCUGCAGUUCGUAAACAGGCUGCAUCUCAUCCUCUAAUUGUACUACGCCAUCUUCCUUUAUUGGCUGCAUCUUUAAAAGGUACAAACCAUCUGCAGCUGACAGCAUUGCGAGCAAGUAAUUACCUAGAGUUGUUUUCAAUGAUAUUGGGGGUGUUAGAGCUCCUUCAACCUCUACUGUUUGCCCCACAACAUCAUACAGCAUUAACUCCAACAUUAGAUAGCUUUAUGGCUUUAUUUAAGGCACAUCCUAUAAUCCAUGAUCUUCAAGGCUUAUUGGUAAGAUUCUCUCAUCUCUUAAUGGAAUGGGUUGGAUGUCAGGGUGGCCCAGCUGGAGCAUAUUUAUGCUCUCACUCAAAUUUACUUGCCACCUUGCAGAUGCAUCACCCUGAUAUUGUUGCUGUUCGCUCUUUGGCUGCUAUUGCUGCAGCUCGUGGCAUGGAUCAGCCUAAAGAAUCUGCUUCUAGUCAGCAUUAUAGUUCUGAUCCAAAUUUGCCCUUAGGGGGCUCUCAUGGCCCAAUGGCACCACCAUGGUUAAUGGCACAGGUAGAGGAGCUUCAAGCCAGACUGGAGGCUUCAGGAUUUCCAGAAGAUAAGCUAGAGAUUCUUAAAAAAGUCAGCGACUUGCCAGAUCACUGGGCAAAUGCUGCUCUGCCGUCUUUCACCCACACGUUAUGUGAUGGUAUUGUCAGUGAACACAGAGGAGUUCGCCUUGUAUGUUGGGAGUUAAUUGCUCGGUUGCUGCAUCAGCGUCCUGCUUUAGGUGGUCGUGUUGGACGUGCUGUACUUGCUGCCCUUAAGAAUGAAGAUAGUGCAGUGGCAGAGAUUGCCUUGGAACACCUCCCUGAAGUCAUUUUACUUUUGCAUGAUCAAGCAGCUGAUCUAUUGAGUACAGCAUUUGUUUCUACAUUAACAGCCUCAUCCAAUGCUACAGGUUCUCUUAGUGAAGCUCUAACUUUACUCCACCUACACACGGGAGCAUAAAAAUUGUUGAGCAAGAUUCAGGAAUCAUUUUUUUGUAUGUACUGUACCUGAAUGGUUAUUUGAGGUAUGUGUCUACUAUUAAUGUCUGAUGUCCAGUCAUCCAUAACUUUUAUAAGAAAAUAACAUUGAAGACUAUGAAGGGAUAUGCACGUGCUUGUUAUAACAAGUGAAACUAUUAGUUUUCUGUAUUAAAAGCUGCAAUCCAAUAUGUAAGGUGACUAUAGUAGUUACACAAGUUUGGAAACAAAAUUGUAUUACUGCUAGAUAUUUUAAAGAUUAGUAAAAAAAAAAAAAAAAUACUGUACCACUUAGUGGGGACUGCAGUGUGAAUAAUGUAUAAACAAACUUUAAACAUUUACUGAUUAAAUAUAUUUAAAGUAUA